GACAGCUAGAGAAUGUCAGAACUGGACGAUCCAUCGAUGGUGGAAGCUGUUGAUUUUGUUUGGAGCAGCGCCAUUUGGUGGUAGGGAGGGAUAGCCAAAUCGUGCACUCAAAGGGAAGUGGCGAGCAAGACCUAUGUGAGAGAGACCGAAGAAGGUGAAGGCAGAGAAGUAACGAGGUUUCUUUGCUUCUUCCAUCUUCUCCGACCACUCGGAUAGAUCUCGCAUUACUCAGUGGCAAUCAGCAAAAGCGUACUGCUACUUGAUGCCAUCACAUGUUCCCCAUGGGCAACGAAACCCUCUCUCUCUCUGUCUAUGUGGACACGUGGAACCAAUCUGGGUACUUCUGGUGUGGUCGGCAUCAGUGGUUCUCGGAAGCUUCAAUCCCGGUCCUACCGACACCAUUCUCGUAACAGCAGUCGUAACGUGAUCACAUUUGAUGUGUAUUAUUGUAGGAGAAACGAACAGCCACAGAACGGGGCAUGGACUACACGUAACGUGGUCACAGCAUUUAGUAACUCACCAGUGAUCCGUGGACCCCGGACUCCUUGGGGCCCACCCGUUCCUUGUCUAUGGAACAAAAUCUAUAUAUAUCACGAGAGAAGAAUAAAAGAAGACAAUUCCUUCAGCACAACGGGGAAAAGAAAGAUGAUUGAUUAUUCUGAACUCGUUGCAGAAAAGUGUCACAAGAGAACGUGGGAUGUCAAUGCUUGCUUCCCCCGUUAACCUCGGAUCCAAAAACAAUGCCUAUAAAUAAUAAGAGAAAAAUAUUGCUCUCUCUUUCUCUCUCUCUAUAUAUAUAUAUGUAUUGUCAUCAAGACUGAUAUUAAACCACGCCCAGUGUCGCAGCGGGAAGAGAUCAAGCAAGGCAGCGGACAGAAGCAGGCGGUCGCUGCAGAUAUGCCAAGCCACGAGAUGGACGCGAAGACCGACUCCGAGGUGACGAGCAACGCCACGUCGUCCCCGGCUCGGCCGGUUUACUACGUGCAGAGCCCGUCGCGCGACUCCCACGACGGCGAGAAGACGACGACGACGACGACGUCCUUCAACUCCAGCCCGGCGCUGUCUCCGCCACGCUCCCACUCCUCCGUCGGCCGCCAUUCCCGGGAGUCGUCCUCGAGCCGGUUCUCGGGAUCGCUGAAGCCGGCCGGGGCCAGGAAGAUCUCGCCCCACGACGGGGGCGGAAGGGGCAGUCGCCGUCGAGGCGGCAAGACGUGGAAGGAAUGCGCGGUGAUCGAGGAGGAGGGACUGCUGGACGGCGAGGAGGACGACGCGGGCGUUCCUCGUAGGUGUUACUUCCUCGGCUUCGUCCUCGCCUUCUUCCUCCUCUUCUCCUUCUUCGCCUUGAUUCUUGGGGGCGCGAGCCGCAACCAAAGGCCUCGUAUCAUCAUGAAGAGCAUCACAUUCGACAACUUCAUCAUCCAAGCCGGCACCGACGCGUCGCUGGUGCCGACCGACAUGGCCACGCUGAACUCGACCCUCAAGUUCACGUACCGUAACACCGGCAGCUUCUUCGGCGUCCACGUGACCUCCACCCCCAUAGAUCUCAACUACUACCAACUCACAUUGGCUUCCGGAAACAUGAACGACUUCUACCAAUCAAGGAAGAGCAAGAGGGACCUCAGAGUGGUGGUGAAAGGGCACCAGGUUCCUCUCUACGGCGGUGGUUCAAGCCUUAGCAGCUCGGAGGGGAAGACGAGCGGGCCCGUGGGGAUGACCCUCGGCUUCACGGUCAGAUCACGAGCUUAUGUGCUGGGAAAGCUCGUCAAGCCCAAGUUCUACAGCAACGUGCAGUGCUCAGUCACCAUGGACCAGACCAAGCUCAGCACUCCAGUCUCCCUAAAGAACUCUUGCCGGUACAGUUAAUAAUGAGGAGACAUCAGAGGCUGCAAAAUGAAGAGAAGACUCCGUGGCUCAUUCACUCGAGUAAUAUUACUUUGUUCUCUUUCUUUGAGCUGUCAAGCUCUCAGAGAUCUGAGCGCGCAUUUACUCAUCUGCUCGAUCUGUCUCUCUCCCCAUUUUCCCAAACGAGAAGACAGCUAUGGAACUUGUGUUGUUCGAAGUGCUAUGGAGUUGAGAGUUUAGCUUCAUUCUUACCCUUUAUUUUGGAUGGUGUGCUUGAGAGUGACUGAGAAGCAUCCAUGUGGUAUGUGGUCUCUAUUAAUUGCUUCUUCUAAUAUGAUAUAUAUCAGGUAAUAAUAUAAUAUACAUUGAAGUUGUGACCUAGAAAAGAACUAUAUCUCAUUCAAUGCAGGCAUAUCUUGUUCGCUAGCUUGGAUGAUGGGAAGGACACACAUCACUAAG